AUGUCGCCGCCGCCGCGACAUGACACCGCAUUUCCUCCGCCGUUUACGCGUAUUCAAUCAGAUAUUCGACUUUACGACCAUACAACUUCUUGUGUAAUACUCGUGAAACGACCGAGCUUCCGGCAAAAUCGUAGUGGCCGGGUCCGUACGGUAGUAAUAACAUCUUUCUCAUCUACAUCAGAUGAGUUUGAAGAUACGUUAUUUGAAAUUCUUAUUAAUCUGCCAAGGCUGAGACUAUUUAAAGAUCGGUCAAAUUCCCUCGAAGAUUAUGAUGAUUUGUCAUUUUUAAACAGAAACAAAAAAUAA